AUGCCGACCCGCAUUCGUAUCGUGGACCCGUAUGUAUUGGAUCUUUGUAUGCACUCUUUGAAGGCGCUGCUGGAUGCCUGUUGUUCCGUGGGCAGUCAGGCAACGUUCGCGGACACAGGGAGAAUACAAGCUGCACUGAUUGACAUGCGGUCGAAUGCGGUGUUCUUGGAGGAGUUCCUUCACGAUCUCAUCCCAAUCGUCGCUGCAACACUGAAUGAAGUUAAACUGAUCAUUCAUGACCGGCUCGUGCUCCCAUGGAUGCCAGGGAAAUCGUGUUUCAAGAUUGGGCAGAUUACUGGGGCGCAUGUCCGCCGCAUCAAGACGGCGCCCCAGGCACAGGGCGCCAUGUUCGAACACGUACUCGUCCAGUGCACUAUCGAUAUAUAA